AUGUUCCACAGCUCGCCUAUCCGUGGAACGGCGCUCGAGGAGAUCGAGCAGUCGCAGCAGAAUAGGGCGGCACGGUUUUACCGGCCCAUGUCUUCUCCGGUGAAAAAGACCACCAAACGCGAGAAAGCAAGACAUACCAUGGAAGAGAUCCGGAGCCUUCAUCGCCAGGCACGGUUGGCGCUAGGGCGAGAGAAAGUGACAGAUACAGAAGACUAUAACAAGCAGAUUGAGGAGCUUCGCGCACAGGCUGAUGCAUUGGAGCUUGAUCCUGAUUUUCUAGUGGAGGAAGAGCGUGAAGAUUAUCAGGAAGAGUACGAAGCUCAAUUAGAAGAUUUUUUGGUGGAUGAGGAGUUGGAACUUGAGCAACAGCUUAUGGAUUUGCAACUCGAGGAGAAGAGUGAAGAAGGAGAGAAAAGAGAAGAAGGCGAGAGGAAAGAAGGUGGAGAGAAAUAA